AUGACUACUACUAUGACGCAGCCGAACCAGUUUCUGGAUCAACAAAGUCUGCAGGCGUCAUAUGAUGCAGAUGCUUCCGAGGUUGACAAUACCGUCAUCCCUGUUUCUCUGAAUGCCUACGACGAUCACGCUUCCACCAUCGAAAGAGCUGGACUUCGUCAGACGGAUCUUGCUGCACGUAUAGAUAGCCAGAUGAAAAAGAAACACAAGACAAAGGCUCAGCUGGUACUCAAUACCAAUGCCAGCAUGUACAAUAUCUCUACGGGUUCCGCGUCUUCUAAUUCGCUUGGAAAGCAACCCGGAGGGACAGCCACAAAUGUUCAAUCGCCUAUGGUUGCUGGAGGCCCCCUGGGUCUUGUAGGUUCGAGGUCAUCGGUGUAUAGUGUUGGCCCUAUGGCUCCUAUGGCUCCUGGUGCUCCCGGUGCCUACGCCAACUACUCACGACCAAAUAUGCCGUUCUCUAAUCAAUCGCGGAACGGAUCUAACGGAAGCAUAAAUAGCAACAACGGCAACAUUCAUCACAGUCAUAAUCAUAACCAUAUUCAACAGUCUCAGCAAUACAUGCAUUCAUCUAUGCCCUUGUAUCCUGACCAAUACCCACCUCAGAACGAUAUGCAGCAGUAUCCACAUGGUCCUCCUCGUCACUUUUCUCAAUCUUCUCAAAUGGGCUAUCGUCGUCAGCAGCAUUCUAUGACUCCUAGAAAUUCGUCGGUACAACAACGAGUUCGACGAUCACCAACCUAUGGUCUGGUCAGUCCGCCUGGUAUCAGGCAACCCACAUCUCCAACGAGUCCUACAAGACGUAUAUCUCUUCAUUCCUUCAUCGGAUUACCUGAGGAUAGUAAUAUGUCUGGCAUCAAAGGACAGAACUAUAGUAUUGAUUCUGAUAACGAUAACACUGUAUUACAUAACCUGGAUAAGGAGGAGCUGGAGAAAUUACGGUUGGAAAAUGAGACUCUCCGAAAGAAAGUUGAAGAUAUGAAGAUAAACGAAGGUUUGGAGGUGAAAUGGAAGAGUUCGCAGGCCAAAUUGAACAAGAUUCAGACAGAAAUGACGGAGGUUAGACAAAAAAAUGAAUCAUAUUUCUAUGAUAUAGCCAAGUUAAAGACCGACUCUGCCAGAAGGCAGCAGUUAAAUACUCAGCUUGUAAACUUCAUUGCGGAUAUGAUGAAGAAGAUGCCCGGAUACAUCGAGAAAAAGGAGAGUUUUAGGGCUUUAAUCGAUAGUCUGUCCAUUCCUCAGUCUGCCAAACAGAGUUACAAAAAGGCCCUUGAAAGUUACCAAGAGAGAGAUGCAGUAGCUGCUACAGGAGAAUGUAAUGGACUGCUUACCGAGAAGGAUAUCUUUGAAAUCUUUAGAGAAGAGGUUAAACUAUUAAAUACCAAGGUUUUGCGGCUGGAAGAGGAGAAAACCCGUGUGGAACAAGUGUUGCAGAAUCGUAUUGAUCAUGAACGAACUGCUCUGCGUAGAUUUACUCUCCAUCGAAACUCCUCAGAGCCAAUACUUAAACCCACUAUGCCAUCAUUACGCAGCAGAAGCACGAGCUCAUUCAAAAUUAUAGACAUCGUGGAACCCGAACUUGGGUCUAGAGACGAUGGCAAAGAUAUGCUAUGA